UAGGUUCGCACAGGAGAAAUGAAAACGAAGGAGGCAGUCACGGCCGUCGUCAGCGACAAGUACUGGCGGCGACGCGGCGAGGAGAGAGCUGACGGUGCGCAAGACCUCGCUUUUUACCCCGGCGACGGCUACGCCGCCUACGAUCAUCACACCGGCGAGCUCGUCUUUCGCGUCGACACCUGUGUCCACGGCCCCGGCGCGAAGGAGAAUAUCGUGCUCAUGGAUCCCGACGGCGCUCCAAUCCUCACCGUUCGGCGAAAGUGGCCUAGCCUUCACCAGAGAUGGGAGGGAUUCCUAGGAGACAAGAAGGAAGGCCAGCAACCGAUCUUCAGCGUAAAGAGAUCCUCAAUCUUCGGAGGCGACCGAAAUACACUCGACGUCGAAACCCACGACGCCCGCGGCGACAGAGAGUAUCGGGUCGAGGGCUCAUUCGCACAGCGAAGCUGCAGAGUUAUAGCAUGCUGCGAUCAAGAAGCCGUCAACGGGGAGGAGGCUGUUGUUGCGGAGAUCAGAAGGAAAGUUGAUGCUUGCUCCCAAGUUGUUCUCUCCAAGGACGUGUUCUCCUUGCUGGUGAAGCCUCGGUUUGAUUCGGCGUUUGCUAUGGGGCUCGUGAUCGUCCUCGAUCGGAUCACCGGCGGUGAAGAG